ACACUCUUACCAUUCAAAGCCUGCACUGCACAUAUUGACUGAUUCAGAUUCUCUCUUUCCUUUUCUCUGUGCCAUGACAGACCCCUCGCUUUUGGCUUCCAUAACCGGCUGGUUCACACCCAACACUCUCUUUCUCUUUGUCAAUCUUGUCAUCGGAACCAUUGCGCUCACCUCUCGUUUUAGUUCUAUCAAGAAACCGCACGCCGGAGCACCAGAAGAGAAACCAUCCUUCGUUCAACCCACGUCCGAACUUCUUUACCGCUCGCACACGGUAGACUCGAACCCGCUGCAGCUUGCCCGAGCUCCCUCUUUGCUUCAACGCGUCACGUCUAACCUCUUCUCAUACAAGUUCCCUGACCCAGAAGAAGAACAACCAGCCUUUGUUCAAGCCACUGAACCUCUAAAUGGCACAUACCCGGUCGACCCUAACCCGCCCCGACUCGCCCGAGCUCCAUCUCUUUUGGAACGCGUCAAAUUUAUAAAUUUCCCCUCUAUUUAUAAAUCCCAACAACAACCACCAUUCCGCAAAAAGAAAUUGGUUGCUCACGAUUCUGAAACUGAUGUGCCAACGGAUCCGGGUUAUAAGCCGAGGAGAAGUAAAUCGGAGAGAAAAAAGUCUGAGCGGAGGGUACAGGACGAUAUGAAGAAGUCGGAGAGCGAGAAGUCAAUGAAGGUGGAAAUGGAGAAUAAUGAGAGGGAGACGGAAACGGUGGAACAAAGGACGCAACAAACGGCGAGGCUGGACAGAACGGUGACGAUUGGCGACGGUGACCAUACCGUUGAUGCAAAAGCUGACGACUUCAUCAACAAAUUCAGGCGCCAACUGAAGCUACAGAGACUUGAUUCUCUCUUGCGUUACAAAGAAAUGCUCAAGGCAAACUGACGAGCUCAAGAAGAAAGUUAAUUCUGUGUUUUUUUAAAAAAUAUAAAUUGCUUAAUCUGGUAUCACAAAUCGUCUGGGUGGUGUAGUUGGUCAUCACGCUAGUCUCACACACUAGAGGUCCCCGGUUCGAACCCGGGCUCAGACAUUUUAUUAUCUUUUAUAAUUUGGGCCCUCGUAUGGCCUCUUAGUACA